UAUUUGAAUGGGAGUACUGAUAGACUUUCCACUUGAGCGGGUUGAAACCGGAUGCACUCGCGACUCUCAGGCCAAAUGCAAUGCGCAUCAUCACCAAGCUAAUCCCCUAAGUAGCGAUUAUUUACCAAUGAGUGCCCGUUUUUUCAGUGUGUAUGUAAGGGCACAACAAAAGAAAGUGCCGGGCUUUCUUAAGUCUGCAUUGGCCACGUCAGAACCGGCCCUCACAAAACCUGAAGUGAUUUCCAGACCGUUUGGGUUUGAUGAGCAGAUUCAGCUCAGUCAAAGGAAAACUUCGAUAAGGGACAUGUUUAGCGAAGAGGCCAAAGAGAGAAGACAAAGACAACUUGAUUACGAUCUCAAGCAUUCUUCGUUUUAUGAGUUUAAGUCAUUUAACAACACAAAGGGAAAAAUAUUCCAGCCCCCGGCGUCUUACUUCAAAAAAGAGAAGUCGAAGUUCUUUCCUGAUUUGAUGGCGAAAACUCUUUCCAACAACACGCAUAGACUUUCUGACAUCUUGAAAGACCGAGUCACGAUAUUGCGAAUCUUUUCCACAAUCUCGGGAGAGAAGUGUGCCAACACGUACGUCGAGAAGUAUCUCACAGAGGAAGGUUACGAAGAGUUUUGUGAGAAGUAUCCCCGUGCACAAAUCGUCGAUUUGAAUAUUCCUCAGACAUGGGCUAAGGGCCUUUUUGCUGGUAUUUCAAAGGGUAACUUGCGUAGAAAGGUCAAUCCCGCUAGGCACGAUAGCUACUUCUUGAUUCCACAUGGAUUAUUAGAUUUGGACGCCAAGACUAUCUUGAAGUGCGGUAAUACAUGCGCUGGGUACUUGUAUGUGCUAGACAGCGAGGGCCACAUUAGAUGGGCCACUUCUGGGAAUGCAGACGAGAAGGAACUGGAAGUCUUGUGGAAAAGUGUGCGUGGAAUCAGCCGGGAGCUUUCCACCGCCGAAUAGAAAGUUUAAGCCACGAAAGAGACAAACUAAGAUAUUAACAGCAAUCACAAAGAGCGAUUGCCUUUUUUAAAGCAGAGCGACAGGAGGCUCUUCACUGUGUCGACGAUGGGUGCAAAAUACCGCGAUAUCGAUUGUAAAUAAACCAAGAUUAGCUACCGUGUGCCACAACUAGAAUUUUGCUGGCCAUUUAUAGACCACAAACCAAUAGAAGGUAAUUAACGGGCGCUAGGGUAAGUCUUCUUUAGAAUAAGGACUGAGUUGUUUCACUGUUAUCUCUUCGGGUGACAUGUGGCAUGUUAAGAUACGUCUCUCUGAAGGUUCUGGACGCGGUCAAUUGACGCUGCGAACUGCUCGCACUUGUAAGAGUAAUGAGAAAUAUCUAUACUAGCCGUUAUCCCAACUGAAUCGCCUACACACA